CUCCCGCGCCCUCGCCCUCUCCCGCGCCAGGCAGCGGCGAGCACGGGGCCAUUUGCAGCGCAGGCAGCCUCGCGAGCAGCCGCGGCGCCGAGCCGGGAGGGAGGCGGCACCAUGGAGCUGAAGAAGGACAGCAAUGCCGUGGCCAUCGACAUGUUGCUCAUCGUGCACUCCGAGAAGCGGCGCGCGGCCCAAGCCACGCACUUGGACUCUCAGGCGGACCCGGGCGCGCUGCUGCAAAACCGAGGAGGAUUCCAAGGUGUCCGAAACGGAAUCCGGAAAUGGCAAGAACUGGAAAGAAACGGCUUUCAGGGAAACUUGCCAGAGAAGCAGUGCCUUCAGCCGCCACAGGUCAUCACUUCCUAUGACAACCAAGGUACUCAGCUGACCGUAGAAAUCCACCCCCAAGAUGCCAUGCCCCAGCUGCUCAAGAAGUUUUCUUUGGCAAAACGUUUACAAGGUGACAAAAAUGGAAACAUGAGACCCCGGCAGCCUGGAGGGAAAGACGCCCAUGCCUACCCCUGGGACAGGUCCAGCUUGAAAUCCAUGCCCCUGGACCUGCGGCACUUUGAGAAACUUGAUGCCUCUGCCUCACAGGUGACAGUCAAGAGUGGCCUAGAGGAGCUGGUGAGCGACUUGCUCCAGGAAGCCCACAGCGAUCUGGAAAGGGUCCGAGCCAUCUGGAUCUGGAUCUGCCACCACAUAGAGUACGACAUGGAGGCCGCCCAGGAGAAGGACCGCCAAGCCUUCAAACCCACUGACAUCCUGAGGACCCAGAAGACCAACUGUGAUGGCUAUGCUGGCCUCUUCGAACGGAUGUGCAGGAUCGCUGGUGUACACUGUGUCACCGUGCCUGGCUACUCCAAGGGCUUUGGCUACCAGACCGGACAAAGCUUCUCUGGAGAGUUCGACCAUGCCUGGAAUGCUGUGUACCUCGAGGGCCAUUGGCACCUGCUGGACAGCACCUGGGGCAGUGGCCUGGUGGACACUACCACCUCCAAAUUUACCUUUCUCUACAACGAAUUCUACUUCCUCACCCACCCUGCCCUGUUCAUUGAGGACCACUUCCCAGACAACAAAAACUGGCAACUGCUGAAGCCGCCUCAGUCUCUGAGGCAGUUUGAGAACAACAUGUACCACAAGAGUGAAUUCUACAACAAGGGCAUGCUGAGUGCCCACCCUGAGACGUCCAUGAUCCGAACAGUGAAUGGGAAAGCCACGAUCACCAUUGAGAGCUGUGCCCCGACACUGUUCAUGUUCAUGCUCAAUGGCAAACAGGAGCAUGGGUUGCUGAGCCUCAGGAAGAAUGGGAUGAAGCUGGAGGUGUACCCUCCAACCAUGGGCACCCACAAGCUGCAGAUCUUCGCCAAAGGCAACUCUGACAUCUACAGCUCAGUGCUAGAGUACACACUCAAGUGCAACUACGUAGACCUGUCUGUCCGGCUGCCCGCUGAGCUUCACCAGCCCGUGGGCCCCAGCUGGUUCUCCGAGCAGAUGGGCAUCACGAAGCCCUCCCACCCUGACCCCAUCAUCCACACCAGUGAUGGUCGCUGUUCCGUCAGCUUUGGCGUGGAGGAGGGCAUCAGUGUCCUGGCAUCCCUCCAUGGAGAUGACGGCCCCAUCACCGAGGAGACGCAACGGCGAUACAUCUUCCAGUUGAACCGGGAGAAGAGGACAGAGCUGAAAGUCCAGCUGCCCCACGCUGGCAAGUUUGCCCUUAAAAUCUUUGUGAAGAAGAGGCAAGAGCAAGGCAAUUUCGUCUUUGUCUUCAACUACCUCCUGUGCUGCGCCAACACCAAGGUGAACUGGCCGAUGUUCCCCGAGAGCUUCGGCAACUGGGGGCAGGACAAUGAGCUGCUGGAGCCUCUCUCCGGUGUGCUUCCGGCCAAUCGCAACAUACCCUUCAAACUGAAGCUGCACGGCAUUGCCAAAGCCCUGGUGAAAGGGCAGGACACGUGGCCCCUGACCCUUAACCCCGAGGGAUACUGGGAGGGCAGCUGCAACACCGCUGGCUGCCAAGAAAUCUACGUCAUGGUGCUAGAGAAUGCCAACCACAACUUCUACUCCUACAUCCUGAAAUACAAAGUGAACGACCAGUGAGGGGCGGCAUACCCACAGCCUCCCAGGGCUAAGGCCAGCCCUGCCCAGGGAGGGCCCAAGAGAAGUGCAGAGAGCCUGGGACACCGCUGAUCUGCAUGAAAUGACUUCUAGGCUUCUGCCUCCAUCUCCCAGCUCUGUCCCAGGCACUGAGGAAUUUGUGCUGCUGGGGGCUUCCACUCAGUGUGAUUGUGGACGGAGGGACAGAGGCAAAGGCCCUUUAGAAGAAAAAGGUGCUAUGUAAAUCCAAGGUAUUGUGAAGUGUAUGCCCGUGCCUAGGCCUGCUCAUCAUGUGUUAGUGCUAUGUUGUAGAGCUGGGUGGGAAAGCAGAGAUGUCGCCCAUGUUGAAAGAUCUCCAUACCAUGCCUAGAGAAUGAUGUCUGAGGCUGAAUCUAUCAUCGGAGAGGCCAGCCACCCAAGUCAUACAGUGUUCCUCCACUGCUUCUGGACCCCAGGGGAUGCUGGGCCUGCCCUUCUUCCGUUUUCCUAGAGCCUCUCCAUUAACCCUUUCAUGCUCUUCAAGAGCUUGCAGAAAGGGAGAUGUGGAAAAGAAGCCAGCUGACCGUCAGCCAACUAGAGGCUGUUAUCUCCCAACCCCUGUGAGUCUCUGGGAUGGGGCAAGGGCAGAAAACAGCCGUGUGCACACAGGGAUGUCCUGGGUGGGGACCAGGGCUGGAGUGGUGUCUUUGGAAGUCCGGCAACGCACGCGUAAGGGUGAAGCUCCUUAGUCCAUGUGCCUACCAGAGUUCAGCUCAGGGCCUAGGGCUGACCUCCCCGCCUGAGCCCAGGCCCAUCGUCAGUUUUUCCACUGGAACCUCAAAUGCCUACACGACCGGUCAGGAGCCUGGCUGGUGACCUGCGGCUUCCAGGGUCCCUUACAAGCAAAACCAGGCUGAAGGGACCACCGCACGCCCCUGGAGAGAAUGUUUGUCCCUGUCUCUGAGAAAAGCCCUCUCAUAGCCAUUUCCCUCCUGUCUUUCUCUGAAAUGACAGCUUCUGCCCUGAGUUCAGCCUUCUGUUGGGAACAGCCGAGGGCCUCUUACUUGCUCAGGCCUGUCCUAAAAGACCUCAGCUGCCUAGCUGGCCCUCAGCAGCACCUGAGGCUGGUGUUUCCAUGGCAACGGCCGAGGGACCGGCAGUCUGUAGCAGGCAGCAGGCAGGGAAGGCCUGAGAAAGGCCCCAAGAGGCCGCUACAAUACAGUCCCAGUGCACAGACGCACUCCAGCCUGGUCCCCACCGAACUUCUGGGUUCGAGGGGUCUGCCCGCUCUGCCUAUCUCAGGACCCCCAUCCUUCACUUCUGAGAGCCACCCCACCUGUCCUCAGGCCAUGUGGAUGCAGCCAGAGCCAGCCUGGGAUCCUCAUAGCCUCCUUCUCUUCAUGGCCCCGUGUUGGAUUCUGGGACUGUAGAGGUUAACAGGAAGGACUCAGCCAUAGCCAUCCAGACCUCUGGGUGGGUGGUCUGCCUGGGGGGGGGGGCGCGAUCUGAAGAUCCAGAAUCCCAGAAGCCUCAGUCCUUCACCCCCUUCAGCUCCUUUCCCGCAGUACCCCACUGCCACUCACCUGGUACCAGAUACCCACCCUCCACCAAGCUGGGCAGCCUCACUAGUUAUGAGCAUGGCCCCUGGGGGCUGAGCUGCCUUGGCUUGUGUGCUGGGUCCUCUGGCAGUCUUCAGCUGUCCACCUCUUGUCCUUCAUUCCGGAAAAUGCACAAAGACCCCGGAAGCAUCACCCUGCACACCACUACGAGGUGGAGUGGAAACGGUGGAGUUUGCCCAGCCUGGAAACAGCCUUUCCUCACCCCUUUUAUUUUACAAGCAGGAAGAAGUGUGCUAUGUGCUAACAAAAUAAGUGCUUUUGCGAUUCCUGCCACACACACACACACACACACACACACACUAGACACAGCCCUGACGGCCACUGCUAGCCCUGCAGAUGAUGAUACCCAUGUUUUUCAAAACCGCAUGAUGAGUCCACCUGGGAGCUUGUAGAGCUUGCUACCCCCCACAAAACAGGAGCUGUCCUCAGCACCAGAGACCCAGGCCGGCCUCUCCCAGCGCGUGGUGGGUCAUCCGCGCACGCCCCUGACUCCUCAUUUAACCAGGCAGCCCCCCUUUGUCAAGGCAGCUGUAGGAGCACUCAGAAAAACGCCUGCAUUUCUUUCCACGGAAGUAAAGAUACAUGAAACUAAAUCCAACCUUCAUGAAUUUUUACACGCAUGCUGCUCAGGCUGGAAAUUUGGAGGUUGCGUUUUGAAGGCUUUUUAUUCAAAUCCCCCUCUUUGUCUCCCGGUCCACGAGUCCCAGUGGCCGAUCGAAUGGCACGAGCGCCCCCUGGUGGUCAAUGUGCGAAGUUGCCACCGCUGCAAACACCCGACUGGAUCUCUGAUUGUUAAAAAAUCACUAGGUGCUUUCUUGUCCCUCGUGGAUACGCCGAGGUCAGCGUUGCCAUGCAGACUGUGAGAAGAGCCUGGGGAGACUUCCUGGCUGGCGUGGUGAGAAAACACAGAAUGUGAUAAGAAUUAAGAGUGUUUUGCCCAGAAAUCUUUUUCCUGAGACAGAAACCCUGGACACAAGCCUGCCUGGCCGAGGUCGCUUUGAUCACACUCAUUGCUAUGCCAAUGACAGGCUGAAACUGAUCAAACUCAGCAUUUUGCCAGGCAAGCCCCAGGAUGGGUGCCAGGAUGCAGAAGGAUGGGGCGUGGCGGGCCAAAAGGGAGCAAUUAACCUCUUUUCCGUUGGCUUCAGAAGUGCCACCGUCUCAGCUGGACUGCUCUCUGUCUGAUUGUGAGUAUUUUGAGUUCUCCAUAUGUUUCAUUGUCCCACCAGGAUGGACUUCUCAAGGCCCGCUGAGAUUAAAGAGACGUAAAUAGAUUAACUGAAGCAUGAAGGAUUUGAGCUAGAUAUAAAGAGCCGUUUCCUGUCGUGUAUAGCAGGAGGGACACGUUGCCAAUAAAGUCUGUGAAAUUCUCAAAGGACUUGAAAAGGAGAAAAGUCUCCCCAGUGUUCUGGAGUUUUCUUUGCCAUGCUUGCUGAAGCGGUUGGGUUCUCUCUCCACUAAUUCUUGGACUACACUGGUUGACCCGCAGUAAACGUGGGGUUAACGGUGUGACCGCACGGCUCACGACUGUCAGAUUUCUAAGGUACUUCAUCUGAAGUCUGUCAUUUCUUUUCAUUUGGAGUCCGUAGCCAGAGCUGCAGAGGUGACUGUUUCUUCUAAGGUGUGGGCUGAAUUGUGUGAGUCGCUGGCUGUUGAAGAUGCUCUCUCCUCACUUUGUUGCUGGGGUUGUUUUUCAAUAAAAUUUAUAUUCAUUUUUAUCCAA